ACUUGUGUGCUAAUUUUGUUAGCUAAAUAAUUUAGUGAUAAACAAAUUUGUACAUUUUGACAGAGGUUUUAGUUGUGGUCGAAUAAAAGUGUGUGCGUGUGUUUUUUUUUUUUUUUAAAAAAUGAUAAUACAAAUAGAGACUGUGAUAUUAAAGCCCAACUCGUGUCCAGCUAGUUUAGUUAUAGUUACUUUUGGAUUUCUGAUAGCUGAUUUAGCUAAUGUUAGGCUUUUUGGAGUGGCACGAGGACAUGGGGGCGUUUCCUAGUACUUAUAUGAGGGUAACGGUGUAGAAAUAUUCCCAAUUUUUCUGUUUAUAUUUUCCUAAGUUUAACAUUAAUAAUGCAUAAUUAUACACAUAUUAAUAGCUGAAAAUGUAUAAUAAAAUAGACAUUCAAAUGAAUCUACAUCCGUUAUGUCAAAGGGGCGGGUCCUGGUCCUCUUGACUCCGCCCUGAUGCUCUAAUGACAGCGUCAGGAAAAUGGCGGCGAGCUGUGAAGUGAAUUGAGGAUGUCAACAUUGCGCUUUUCCUCCUGAGACAAGUGACGCUUUUUCUUUCUUCGCGUCAUUAACACAGCCAGGGUUGUAGCUUAGAAAGUUGCACCCCUGUUUGGACCAAAACGACGCCUGGCAUAUUUUUUUAAUAAUUAUUUUAUAGUGCUAUGUUUUGAAAGUCCAUUUAAGCUAGCUAACGGUUAACUAGCCGCCUGCACGAGCCUUAAAGAGAAAAGCGUUCGACGUGCCGUAAAGAGAACUUUUCCCUACACUUUUCGUGUCGUAAAGUAGUGCUUGUAAUGUUUUUCUCGUUUAAAUUCAUUCCCGUGGCUCGCUAAGUAAAUGCGUAGAGAGUCGUUUGCGCCAGUGUGAUCUUUUUCCCCCUCUACAACCCCGUCAGCUGGAAGUGCAGACUCGGCGGAUGCUGUCCGCAUCUCUGUCGCACUUUUAAAGGGGGCACAUAUCAGGCAGGACUGCUGAACAGGGAGGAGGAGGGGGGAUUUAUUUAUUUUAUUUUAUUUUAUUUUAUUUUAUUUUAUUUUAUUUUAUUUUAUUUAUUUAUUUUACACUGGUGCUGGUUCAGAAGCCAUGGCUCACUCGCCGGUGCAGGGCAGUUUACCCGGCAUACAGAGUUUGCGAGCCGACCCCGAGGAGCUGUUCACCAAGCUGGAGCGCAUUGGCAAGGGCUCAUUCGGCGAGGUCUUCAAAGGUAUCGACAAUCGCACGCAGAAGGUGGUGGCCAUCAAGAUCAUCGACCUGGAGGAGGCCGAGGACGAGAUCGAGGACAUCCAGCAGGAGAUCACCGUACUGAGCCAGUGUGACAGCCCCUUCGUCACCAAAUACUACGGCUCCUACCUCAAAGGCUCAAAGCUGUGGAUCAUUAUGGAGUAUCUGGGCGGAGGAUCGGCGCUGGAUUUGCUGGAGCCCGGUGCUCUGGACGAGGCGCAGAUCGCCACCAUCCUGCGGGAAAUCCUGAAGGGUCUGGAGUACCUGCACUCUGAGAAGAAAAUCCACAGAGAUAUCAAAGCGGCCAAUGUGUUGCUGUCCGAGCAGGGCGAGGUCAAACUGGCGGACUUUGGUGUAGCGGGCCAGCUGACAGACACACAGAUCAAGCGCAACACGUUCGUAGGGACACCUUUCUGGAUGGCACCAGAGGUCAUUAAACAGUCCUCUUACGACUCAAAGGCUGAUAUCUGGUCUCUGGGGAUCACGGCGAUUGAGUUGGCAAAAGGUGAGCCGCCUCACUCGGACCUGCACCCCAUGAAGGUCCUCUUCCUCAUCCCAAAGAACAACCCGCCCACGCUGGAGGGCAGCUACAGCAAACCGCUCAAAGAGUUUGUGGAGGCGUGCUUAAACAAGGAGCCCAGUUUUAGACCCACAGCCAAAGAGUUGCUGAAGCACAAACUGAUCGUGCGUUAUGCUAAGAAAACAUCCUACCUGACCGACCUGAUCGACCGAUACAAGCAGUGGAAGGCCGAGCAGUGCCGAGAGGACUCUGACGAUUCUGAUUCAGAAGCGGAUGGACAGGCGUCUGGUGGAAACGACUUCAGCAAUGACGAGUGGAUCUUCACAAUUCGCGAAAAAGACCCCAAAAAGCUGCAAAAUGGAGCCAAUAUGGAAGAGCAGGAUACACCUCAGAGGCCGCUGUCACAGAUCCUAUCUACCGUUAUCACACCAGUCUUAACAGAGCUGAAAGAGCGGGGCGGCGAAUAUGCGGUGAAGCCUGACGUGUUGGACGAGUUAGGAGAGGCCAUGUUCCUCGCUGAGGAGACGUAUCCAGGGAUCUCUGAUGUCAUGGUGACCCAGCUCAUACAAAGACUACAGCGGUUCUCCAGAGCCAGGACGUCUUCCUCUUCUCCUCAGUGAUCGGAUGAUCAUGCCGAAGCCCCUCCCACCGUGCAGCGAAUCACAACACCAGCCGAGUGUCCUCCGAGUAGCGAGAGUCCUUCAAACGCCACAAGCUUCCUGUAGCGCUGUUUGUUUUAACAAACUCACAGACGAUGAAGGGGGUGUCUGUGUGUAUAUCUGGUGCGUGUGUGUAUGUAGUGCACAUGCGCGCGCACACACAUACACACACACACACACACACACACACACACACACACACACGGACUUGACUGCAUAGCAAGCGAGUAGCUUCGGGAAGCUACUGCUUCUGUGUUACGACAUCAGCAAGUGGAAAAAAAAACAUCGCUGAAACCCUUAAAUGCAACCAUAGCAUGGCUCUGAUCAAACAGCAUGGAUGUGUGUGUGUGUGUGUGUGUGUGUGUGUGUGUGUGUGUGUGUGUGUGUGUGUGAGGGAGGGAGGGAGGAGAGCCCUUUCCUUGCAAAAGGAGAUAUCAAAUCUGCAUCACCUCGACUAGAAAGAGUUUGGAUGCGUGUAUAGGCAUGUAUAUACUUUUACACACUCACAGAUUGUGUUAUUUUUUUUUUUUCCAAACGGAUCACUGUGUACAGACGGCCACGCCCUGCUGUAGAUAUUGUUAGUAUUAAAAAAAGAAAAGAGAGAGAAAAGGUAAAUAUUUAAAACCCGAGCCUCUCAAAUGGCCAUUACUGAGAUUGCCUUGCCUUUUUAUUGAAUGUAUGUUACGUUUUGCGGGUGCUCUGUUUCAUUUUAAUAUAAAAAGAGUUUUACUCAUAAAAUCAUAAAUAAUGAUUUUUAUCA